CAGAUGCUUCACCACUCAAUCUGUCACUUGCAGACUAUCAGCCAUGCCUGACGUUGCGAAACCUGCUGCCAAGAAAGGCUCCAAGAAAGCCGUGACCAAAGCCACUCCCAAGGGUGGAAAGAAGAAGCGAAAGGCAAGGAAGCAGAGCUAUGCUAUCUACGUAUACAAGGUAUUGAAGCAGGUCCAUCCCGACACCGGGAUUUCCUCCAAGGCGAUGAGCAUCAUGAACUCUUUCGUUAACGAUAUCUUCGAGCGCAUUGCCUCCGAAGCAUCUCGCCUGGCGCUCUACAACAAGCGUUCUACCAUCACAUCCAGGGAGAUCCAGACCGCUGUCCGUCUCUUGCUUCCUGGUGAGCUGGCCAAGCACGCUGUGUCUGAGGGCACCAAGGCAGUCACCAAGUACACCAGCUCCAAGUAAAUUACUACCUGCGACCAAACGGCUCUUUUAAGAGCCACCCACAUCACUCUAAGAGUAAAUUCUGUUUCAUCACAGUAAUUUUAAACUUUCAUGUUUAUGUUGGGAGAGAACUGUAACAACUUGAGGUUCAAAUAGAAAACCUUAAUUAACUC